AUGCAUAAAGUAAAAUAUAUUCUGGUGACUGGUGGUGUUAUCAGUGGGAUUGGCAAAGGUAUUAUCUCUAGCAGUAUGGGAACUAUUUUGAAAGCCUAUGGAUGGAAUGUCACUUGCAUCAAAAUUGAUCCCUACUUAAAUAUUGAUGCUGGUACAUUUUCACCUUACGAACAUGGAGAAGUAUACGUUUUGGAUGAUGGCAGUGAAGUUGAUCUUGACUUGGGAAACUAUGAGAGAUUUCUAAACAUAACGCUGACUAAAGACAAUAACAUCACCACUGGAAAAAUUUAUCAGAAAGUAAUUGAAAAGGAACGUCGGGGAGAUUACCUUGGAAAAACAGUUCAGGUUGUUCCUCAUAUAACAGAUGCCAUCAUAGAAUGGGUUACAAAUGUCGCUCGAAUUCCAGUCGAUGAAAGUGGUUCAACUCCAGAGGUAUGCAUAAUUGAGCUUGGUGGUACUAUCGGGGAUAUUGAAUCGAUGCCGUAUGUGGAAGCCUUCAGACAAAUGCUUUUUCGAGUUGGAAGUGUAAACUUUUGUUGUGUUCAUGUCAGUCUAGUACCACAGCUUCCAUCAGUUGGAGAGCCAAAAACUAAACCAACUCAACCUGAGAAACAAAACUUCGAAGGCAUUUUAAAAACGAGCGAGACUGUUUCAAUAGGAUUAAGAUAUUGUUUAAUUUGUCUUUCUUUACUUGAUUCUAUUCAAAAUUACUGGCAAGUAUGCAGUUCAUCGCUACCGUCGAGUGUUAUCAACAAAAUUAGUUUAUUCAGUCAAGUUGCAGUAGAACGUGUUAUCGUUGCUGUGGAUGUCAAUGAUCUCUAUGAAGUGCCUAUACGUUUAAAUGAUCAAAACUUAUGUUCUAUCCUGUUAGACCAUUUCCAGUUAAGUCCUAAAGAGCAUAUUGAAUAUCCUAUUCUUGGCAAAUGGAAAGCAUUGACUCGUCAAUUGGAAUUAGCCUCUGAAACAGUUCAUGUCGCUGUUGUUGGGAAAUAUGCUAAACUUAAUGAUGCUUAUUUAUCUUUAUUAAAGGCUCUACGUCAUGCAGCAAUUUAUACAAACCGAAAACUGGACGUAUCACUUGUAUGUGCCGAAGAUCUUGAAGAUAGUACUUGUCUCUCUAGUCCAGAUGCAUUUCAUCAAGCUUGGCUGACAGUAAGUAACUCUGAUGCUGUCGUUGUUCCUGGCGGUUUCGGUCAACGUGGUGUUGAGGGAAAGCUGGCUGCUAUACGUUUCUGUCGAGAAAGAGGUGUACCAUUUCUUGGCCUUUGUUUAGGCCUACAGUGUGCUGUAAUUGAAUUCGCUAGGAAUGUUCUUGGAUGGAAAGUUGGUGAAAAUUAUUUCAGAGUUAUCUCGAGUUCUUGGCUAUGCUUUGUCGUUGAUAAUAGAAUGCCCACUGUGCUAUCUUCCACCAUUGAUAGUGUCUCUUGUGUUCAUGAUAUAUUGACUUAUCAUUUCAAACAUUGCAAACAUUUAAAAUUUCUUAUUUAUUCUUAUGAGGAUGCUAAUUCAGCCGAAUUUGAUCCGAAUACUACUCAUCCAGUGAUUAUUGAUAUGCCUGAACAUAAUCCUGGGAUUAUGGGUGGUACAAUGCGACUUGGACGACGUCGUACACUAAUGUAUCUAUCGGAAAUAUCUAAAUCAUACAUAGAACGUACGUAUAAAAAUGUGGAACAUAAAUUUACUCAUCCAAAAAUGCCGACAUCACUUCUACCUAAAUCUGGAGCAGAUAGUGUAAUGCAUCGAUUGAUCAAUGCACCUUACUUUGAUGCUCGUCAUCGGCACCGAUAUGAAGUGAAUCCAAAAUAUGUGAAUGAACUGGAAGAUGCAGGUCUUAUUGUCAUUGGUCGUGAUUCGGAAAUGGGCAAUCGCAUGGAAAUCAUUGAACUGUUACGACCUUUAUCACAAUCUAAAGACAAAUUAAUUUCAGAGGUUAAUAAUCCUAUUCGACAUCCUUUUUUCGUUGCUACACAAUUUCAUCCUGAAUAUACAAGUCGUCCAACUCGUCCGUCAAUUUUCUUUGUUGAUUCUGUAGAUGUAUUACAAGUAAGCGUACCCAGAAAACAGAAAGAUACAGUGAUGGUCAAUCUUUCUAGUGGAGGAAAUAUCAAAACAUACAAUGCAGACAACACUAACGAAUGUACAAUUGCAAACUCAGUUAACAAUGCUAUGUAA